AUGGCUGGGGGAGCUCUCUAUCUGCGGCGACUCUUCUCCCUCGUCACUGCUGUCUCUUCUUCUGCUUCUGCUUCUGCUGCUGCUUCUGCUUCUUCGUCUGCCUCUGCUUCGUCUUCGUCUUCUUCUGCUGCUGCUUCGCCUUUGCGUUUCUUUGACGUCAAAAAAGAAGCGCAGCGAAUCUCUCACGUGAUCAACACUCAGGGCCGUCAACGUCAACCUUCAACCUCAACUCCAACAAAAUCUCAAAAAGGACGACAAGACGAGAAGAAGCAAAGAAAAGGCCAGGGAAAAAAAGGGACAAAAAGGACUCCGUCGUUGCUUUUUCCUGCUGGGAUCCCCUUCCGCGGCCUCUGCGCCCUCGUCGGCCAACCAAUUAUCGCAGCCGGCGAGCCCGGAGUUCCAUUUUUUUAA